AUGUUUCCAAGACACACCAUUGACACGCUCUGCUUCCGUUCCUUGAUGUCCAUCUCAAACAGCUCCACCGCGCGCACUGCAUUGCGCUCCACCCCUUCCGCUCCGUCCCUCAACAUCAUCGCAAGAUGGCAAGUCGCGUUACCGGAAUUUCCCUUCGCCAUUGCACGAUCAUACAAUGCCACAGCUCGUACCGCGUCACGCUCUACUCCUUCGGCACCUUCUGCAAGCAAAUUACCGAGGAACACCAUCGCAUCGACGUCCUCAUCCUUCUCGAUAGCGCGCUCAUACAGCUCCAUAGAAUGCACUGCGUUACGCUCUACUCCUUCGGCAUCUUGUUGGAGCAAAACCCUGUGA